AUGAAAGAAGAAGAUGAUUAUGAUGAAGAUGAACAAAUUGACCAAACAAUUAUUAUUAAACAACAAAAAUAUACAACUUGGCUUUAUAUUUUUCUUCUUCUAACAUCGAUUUAUAUACUUUUUUAUUCAAAUUUCGUUCACCAUCAACAGAAAACAAUUAUUAAAACAAAUAUAUCAUUGGAUAUUUAUAAUAAACUCUAUUCGGAAUAUUCUGAUACAUUAUCAUGUUCAUGUUCAAAUAUAAAUAUUCCUUAUCAUAUAUUUCUAAAUAAUACAAUUACAUAUCAUCCUGUUUGUUCAAGUAUUUUUAUUAGAAAAGAAUGGAUUAAUGCAUUAUAUACAAUUCAUGCAAGUCUUCAUGGAACAGGUGAUUUUCGAACAACAGCUUAUUCUCAAUUUGAACUUCUAUCUGGUCUUUGUUUAUUUUCUGAAAAAACAAUAAAAGAAAAUGAAAAUAAAUUUUCUUUUGAUGAAUUAAUGAAUACUUAUCUUCUAUCAAACAAUCAAUUAGAAAUAGAAAUAAAUCAAACAAUUGAAUUUCUUCGAAAAAGCACAUCAAUUCAAAUGAUUUCAUUUUUAAAUUAUUUACGAAUAAUAAUCCAAAGAAAUUUUUUUAUUUCUGCUUUAAAUACAAAUUAUCUUUUUACUGUUAUGAAUACUUUAACUGAUCCAAAAUUUGCAAGUUUAACUACAGCUUAUUUACCUGGUAUUAAUACAACUCAACCACAAUCAACAUUAAUGAGUUGUUCUAUUACAAAUCCAAUAACUACUGUCGGCUUUAAGUCACUUUCACAUUGGGUACCAUAUUAUCUUUUUAUUCAAUGGAAAACCCCUCAUAUAAAUGAUUUAAUUGUUGAUGGAUUUUAUACGGGAUGUACACCACUUGAAGCUCUUCUUGAAAGUACAUUAGAUUGUUUAUAUUCAUAUCAAUGUAUUCAAUUAUUAAAAGAAAACUUUCCAAAUAUAACUCAAAUGAAUAUUUCAGUAUUAAUUUCAAAUAAAGAAAAGAGAUCAGUUUUUGAUUAUUUUAAUAAUUUAUUCAUUGAUGAAUGGUUAAUUAAUAUAAAUUAUUCGAAAUAUUUUCAUAAAUGUUCUCCAUCAAUUUGUACAUAUAAAAUAUGGAAUCAAACAGAUUCUUCUUCAGCAAUUACUUUACUUAUUAGUCUUUAUGGUGGUCUUAUUCUUAUUUUAAGAUUAAUAACACCAUAUUUAAUUAAAAUUUCAUUUCAUUUAAAAGAUCGUUUUCAAAAUCAAAAUGUUUCAUUGAGAAAGAAGUUAAUUCAAUCUAUAAAACGAUUAAAUCUAUUUAAAAAAAUUGAUCACCGAACAGAAAUGGAUAUAAAACAACAAAAGAUUAGCACAUGUGUUUAUUUUCUGUUAUUCAUAAAUUUAUGUUUGAUAUUUAUUCUAUUCAAUUCAUUAAACAAAAAAAUAAUUCUUAUAAGAAAAGAUGAACCAUCAUUGAUGGAUUAUAAAAAUUUACGGAUAAAAUAUUCAUCAACACUUGAAUGUCCAUGUUCAAAUCUGAUUAUAUUAUAUAAAACCUUUUUCUUAUUAUCUCCUCAGUUACAUCAAAUAUGUACAAGUGAUUUUCUUAAUGAUCAAUGGUUAUCAAUAAUAAAAGAAAUUCAAACUCGUAAUCAAUAUCCAGAUUGGCGUAAUACAGCUUUAUCACAAUUUGAAUUAUUAUCGGAUUUAUGUAGAUUAUCAAAUGAAACAAUAGAUGAUGCUAUUAAUCGUUUUCUUUUAAAACCAUUUGUUGUUUUAAAUUUAUUAUCAGAAGAAAAUUUUUAUGAACAAAUCAAUGCAACUUUUAAUCAAUUUUCUCAAUCAACAAUUAAUUAUUUUCAAUUAUUUAUGAAAACAGCAGGUAUCCUUAGACAAAUUGAUCAACCUUAUUUUGGAGUUAUUAGAAAUCCUGGUAUUAAAGAAGAAAAAUAUAAUCCAAUUGGAAUAUUUACAAAUAAUAAGAAAAAUUUGAAGGUCGUUUUUCAAUUAACUGGUCCUCGUCAUGUUGAAUUAGAAGAUUCUUCAUGUAUUUGUGCUAUAAAUAGUAACUGCCAAGUUCCUCUUGGUAUUUAUGAUGUUGACAAAGAAACAAGCGCUACACCAAUCUAUAUAAAACGUUAUAUAGCACAAGGUUUAGUUAGUGGAUGCUCAACAUUAGAUUCAUUAAUGUUAUCAACAUUUGAAUGUUAUUAUAAUAAUUCAAAUUGUUUAUCAAUUUUAAUGAAAUAUAGUAAAGAUACAUAUAUUCAAAAUGUUGAAUAUCCAAAGUGGUUUAAUAUUCGAUCACUUAUUUAUGAUUCAAAAACAAGUCGUUUUCUACCAAAUACUACAAUAUCAAAAAUAAUCAAUGAGAUUAUGAUUGAACAAUGGAAUCCUUUACCUUCAUAUGAACAAUUUUAUUAUUCAUGCUCACCUAAAUAUUGUACUUAUUCAGAGAAAACUUUUACAAAAACUAUUAUUGAAGUUAUAAUUAUAUUUGUAUCGACAAUUAGCGGUUUAAAUCUUACAUUACGAAUAAGUGUACCUAAAUUGAUUCAAUUUAUCUUUUAUUUAAUUCAAAAAUUCAAAAAUCGACAACAACAACAACAACAACAACAAGAUCAUCCAAAACUAUGUAUUCGAUUGAAAGUAUCUUUAAAAAAACUAACUGCAUCUAUUCAUAAUCAUUUAAUUCAAUGUAAUAUAUUCUAUUUACGAGAUUUUAGUAGUAAAAUUGAUCGAAGAAUAAGAAAACAACUUGGUCAAUGGUCAACUCGUUUAUAUUUUAUUUUAUUUCUAAUUUCUCUUACUAUUCUUAUGUUUUAUAAUUUUAUUCAACAUCAGAAAUUUAUAAAAACAUUUGAUCAAUUAUCUCCAAAUUUAACAAAAAAACUUUUUCAAACUUAUAAAGAUGAUUUAAAAUGUCCGUGUUCAUCAAUUGCAUCAACAUACAAUUGGUCAACCCAAAUCGAUGUCAAAUUUCAUCAGAUUUGUUCGAGUUCAUUUGUAAAUGAAGAAGGACGAAAUAAUUUAACAAAUAAUAUUAUUAAAAAUCUUUCAUCUUAUUCACAAAACGAUUAUCGUCGAUAUUUUUCAUCACAUUUACAAUUUCUUGAACAAUUAUGUCAACUUUCCAAAGAAACACUGGAAAUAUCUCUUCGACAAUUUCUUUCUUCAUUAUUUUUAACUCCUGAACUUUUAUCUGAAGACCAAUUUUCUCAACGAUUAGAAACAAUUCUUGAACAAAUGAAAAUCAAUACACCAAAAACAUUUAAUCGUCUUCUUUUUUUAAUUCGAAGUAUUAAUCAUGGAAAUGCAUUUGUAUCAAAUUACGGAACUAAUUAUGAAUAUAUUAAUCCAUGGAAUUCUAUUCUUCAUGUUCAUACACAAACAAAACCAUUGAUUUAUGAUAAUCAAUGUUCAUGUGGUUUAUCAUCAAAUUGUACAACACAAGCAAAUUUUUUCCGUGAAAAUUCAACAGAAAUAAUUCCGAUUCAAGGUUUAAAAAUAGGUUGUUUACCAAGUGAAUCAUUUCGUUUUUCAACACUUGAAUGUUUUUAUAAUAAAACAUGUUUGGAACUUAUUCAAUAUUAUAUGAAAUCUAACUCAUUCAAUUAUCUUUUAUCAUCAGAAAGAAAAAGUCGAUUUUUAUUAAAUACAACAAUUGAUGAAUUAACAAAUGAAUUAUUUAUUGAAGAAUGGAUAACAUCACAGAAUUAUUUCUCUUAUUUUAAUCAAUGUUCACCAUUAAUAUGUUCAUAUACUUAUAUUCAAAAAUAUAAUAUUAUUCAGUCAAUUAUUAUUUUAUUUGGUCUUCAAGGUGGUUUAACAAUUGUUUUAAAAUCCAUUUGUCCAAAAUUGAUUCAAAUUAUUUAUAAACUCUAUAUAUAUCAAAUAAAUAAAAGAAAUGCAAUUCAACCUAUUCAAAAUAUGUUUAUUACUACAAAUGAAAAUUUAUCUUCAAAUAUAAAUCAUUCAAUUCGAUGUUCAUUUAAAUUCAUUUUUCUAUGUUUUUUAUUAAUUAUUAUAAUAAUUUCUCUUAUUAUAUAUUCUAUUCAAAUAAACAAAAAACAAUCAAUAACAACUAUAUCCUUUUUAGUAUCAACAACAAUCAAUACUAUCCUUAAUUCAUCAACAGAUAUCUUAGCAACAACAGCAACAAAUAUGAGAACAACAACAACAACAACAACAAGAAAAAAUACUUCAAAACCAAUUUGUUCAUUAAAAUUUGAAUCAAUACUUACUGAUCGAAGUAGUUCACAAUUUCUAUUAGAUUCUCAUAUUAUUGCCGAUUUUAAUGAUGAUAAUCUACUUGAUAUUGCAUUUACUGGUACAAAUAAACACUCCUUGAAUGUUUUAUUAGGAAAUGGAAAUGGAUCAUUCAAAGAAGAGAUUAUAUCUGCACAAUUUGCUGCUAUGGAUAUUAAAAAAAAGACAGUUGGAGAUUUUGAUAAGGAUAACAAAGUUGAUAUUGCUAUUUUACAUCAUGAAUUCGGUUAUAUAUUGAUCUUAUUUGGUAACAAUGAUGGCACAUUUACAGUAAAAUCUUAUAAGAUAUGGAUAACAUAUGGUUCCGAUUCAACUGAUAUUACUGUAGGUGAUUUUAAUGAAGAUAAAUAUGAUGAUAUUUGUGUUACAAUCCGUUCAGGAAAUAGUGUUGCUGUGUUUUUUGGAAUAGGUGAUGGAGAAUUUUCAUCACAAAUAACUUUAUAUACAGGACUCAAUAGCUAUCCAAAAAAAAUUUCUAUUCAAGAUUUUAAUAAUGAUCAUCAUCAAGAUAUUGUUGUUAUUAAUUCUUUUAGACGUGAAAUUGGAGUUUUUUUAGGCUAUGGAAAUGGAUCAUUUCAAGAUAUUCUUACAUCGUUUACAGGUGGUUUUUAUUAUCCAGAGUCUUUUGGUUUUGGUGAUUUUAAUAGUGAUGGUUUUCUUGAUAUAGCUGUAGCUCGUGGAAAUGGAAGACAUAUUACUGUUAUGUUUGGAUAUGGAAAUGGAACUGUAGGUGAUACAAAGAAAUUUCAAAUUGGAAAGCCUAGUGCAGAACAUCAGAUUUAUGUUAGUGAUUUUAAUGGUGAUCAAUAUUUAGAUAUUGGAUUUGGUUUAACUGAUCGAACUAUAAAUAUUUUAAUUGGGAAUGGAAAUGGAGAAUUUGAAUUAGAAGAAGCAUUUUCAACUAGAUUUGAAGAUGAUACAUUAACUUGGAUUGGUAUUGGAGAUUUUAAUAAUGAUGCUUUUAAUGAUAUUAUUCAUGUUGAUGUUACUUCGAAUUCAUAUGAUGUUUUUUUAAAUCAAUGUCAAUAA